CUGGUUAUCCCGAGGGACGGGUUAGGUUCCUACCCCAUACUUUGGAACGUGGAGUCUCAACGCCUAGUUUUUUCUACUCCUACUGAGAUACAGAAACAAGUGCUUCCUGUAGCCGUUCGGGAUCACUGUGAUAUUUUGGGAGCAGCGGAAACCGGCAGUGGUAAGACGUUGGCUUAUGCUAUACCGAUGGUAACUCGACUUCUCGAGUUGCCCCAAGAAGCUCGCCUAAACAAAACUGGCCCCAAAGCGCUAAUAUUAGCACCCACGAGAGAGCUGGUUGUGCAAGUUAUGAAGCAUGUGACAGCUGUACUGAAAUACACCGACUUCAAAGCAUUCUCAAUAGUUGGAGGUUUGGCGCAAGUUAAGCAAGCUCGAAUUCUGAAAGAGCAGAAACCAGAAGUAAUUGUGGCCACCCCUGGCCGCCUUUGGGCUAUGAUGAAGGAAAUGGAAGAAGGUCAACCUGUAUGCCAGUAUCUAUCGGAUUGGAGCGGUUUGGUAUGUUUGGUUGUGGACGAGACGGAUCGUAUGGUAGAAAAGGGGCAUUUUGAAGAAAUGGAAGAUAUUUUAAAAUGUGUCAGGAAGUCGGCAUCGGUUAAGCUGCAAACUUUGGUCUUCUCUGCGACUUUGACAUACGUUCACCACGAUCAGUCUCGACUUCAUUCUGCAAAGAAGGAGCUGACCCCACAACAGAAAAUAAAAGAGCUUGUUCAGCUUACUGGAAUGCGGCCUCAUUGUAAAAUUUUUGACAUAACUCGCGAAUUUGGAACAGCAGAGGCGUUGGUGGAGACGAGGAUCAAUUGCGCAAGUCUUCUCGAAAAAGAUACAACAAUAGUCUACCUACUGGAACGAUACAAAGGUCGUACGUUGAUAUUCACGAAUUCGGUGGAUGCUUCACGACGGAUGUAUGGAAUUCUGAAGCUGUUGAAGUUGCAACCAUUGAUGAUACAUGCGAAGAUGGAGCAGAAAGUCCGCUUGAAGAAUUUGGAAAAAUUCGCAGCGGAUUCGAGGAGCGUGUUGUUGGCGACCGAUGUGGCAGCUCGAGGGCUCGAUAUUCAAGGAAUCGAUAAUGUCAUCCACUAUCAAGUACCGAAAACUGCAGAAAUGUAUAUCCAUCGAUCAGGACGAACUGCACGAGCUUCGCGAAAAGGUCUGUCAGUACUGAUUGUCGACUCAAAAGAUGCUCAUCUGUACCGCCGAUUGUGCAAGAAUCUUAAUCGAGAGAAAGAUUUACCGGUGUUUCCAAUCGAUUGUAUCGAAUUAAUGAAACGAUUGACAACACGUGUGAAGCUGGCUUCGGCUCUGGAUACGCUUGCCCAUAGAAGUAAAAAGAUCCGUCUUUCCGAAAACUGGUUCGAUAAAAUCAUUCGAGAAGCAGACCUAGGAGGUCACUGUUGUUGUGAGCGUUACCGUAACAGCGGUCCAGAUAAGUGGAACACUAUCACGCGCAUGGUCCAGGGUUCAGAUCCCGUGUCGAUACUUGUCUCAGCUAGCAAAGCGCCCAUUUCUCUGCAGUCGAUUAAUCGGUACCAGAUUCGUCUGGGAGUAUGGAAUGACUGA